AUGCAUUCUGCCACAGCAACUCUUCUCCUCUCGGCCUCGGCCUUGACGGCUGCCAAAUACACAUUCGAUCCCCUGAAGCACAUGUCGGGCAUCGCGCCCUACUUUGAGCCUCAUGAUCCCACAAGCAACUUCGACCCUGCUCCGCCGCAGGGUUGCAAUGUUACUCGCGCCGCUUACCUCGUUCGUCACGCCGCUAUCUACGCCAACGACUUCGAUUACGAGUCCUACAUCGAGCCCUUUGUCAAGAAGCUCGAGGCAAGCCAGGGGAACAGCUCGGUCAACUGGGACCGUUCGCACGCUCUGUCCUUCUUGUCCACCUGGACCUCCCCAAUCGAAGAUGAAGACAUCGAGAAAUUGUCCAAGGUCGGCAGCCUGGAAGCCAUGAAGCUGGGUGUUGAUGUCUACGAGCGCUACCAACACUUCAAGCAGCCCAAGAAGGUCUGGACCAGCUCUGCUGAGCGUACUGUUCUCACUGCCGAAAGCUUUGUCGACGGUCUUGCUAUCAAAGAGAAUGGAACCGACAUCGUACAGAUCGGCGAAUACAAGAAGACGGGUGCAGACUCGUUGACUCCUUACAAGGCCUGUCCUGCCUACUCUGGAAGCAGAGGAAGCAAACAGUCCAUGUCCUACCAGAAGAUCUACACUGCUCCUAUCAUCUCUCGUUUCCGUUCCGAGGUUCCUGCCUUCAACUGGACUGCUUCGGACAUCUACGGCAUGCAGCAAUUGUGCGGCUACGAGACUGUCAUACGCGGCGACUCACCUUUCUGCUCUCUGGAUCUGUUCAGUCCCAAUGAGUGGCUACAGUUCGAGUAUACCAACGACAUCAUGUACCACUUGAACGUUGGCUACGGCAAUCCAGUAUCUGGAGCUAUCGGCUAUCCUUGGGUCAAGUCGUCUGCCGACCUCUUGACUUCUCAGAACGCUAGCCAGGACAUUUACGUUUCCUUCACCCACAGAGAACUUCCUCCUACCGUUCUCGUCGCUCUUGGCCUCUUCAACAACACUGCCUACUCUGCUUCCGAUAACAUCAACGCCACAAUGCCUACUGAUGGCAUCAACCCUCAGCGUGUUUGGCAAAGCAGCAAGUUCAUGUCCUUCCUAACAAACAUCGCCAUCGAGCGCAUGGAGUGCGACAGCUUCGGCUUCCAAGACAACGCCAACCAGACUGGCGAAUACUACCGUGUCUUGGUCAACAAGAACCCCCAACUGCUUCAAGAAUGCACUGACGGCCCUGGCAUGAGCUGUUCGAGAGAAGCUUUCCAGAAGUUUAUCGACGACAAGACUCAGAGAUUCUCAAACUUCUCCGAGGAGUGCGGUGUCACUUACAGCAACUCUACUAAUGCGUUGACCAUCUACAACAGCUCUUAG